GAGGGGCGCGCGGACACACAGAGCCGCUUCGCCGAGCUUUAUUCUGACCAGGAGCACGAAAAAUAUCCCGGAAAUAUUGUACUUCACUGAUCAUCAUUCUUUUUGUCGGCUUGGUCUGUUCCAGUCGAUGUAUUAUUUACUGUCACGCGCAUUAUGGGGACUGACGCACCCCUCCUGUGAGAGAUGGUUCGCGCCCGCGCUGCAGGUUUCGCGGCAUCGCCUCCUUUCAUCUCAUCACGCGACCGCACCGGAUCACCGGAGAAUCUGAUGUCUUUUUCACCGUCUCGCGCUGCGAUGAGCCAGUAGCGGCGUCUCUCGGGGGUCUGACGUCAUUCGCUCGUCGCUGCUGUCUGUUCCGGUGAUGAAGGCUGACAGAGGACGCGUGUUCCGCAUGUCGCGCGGUGAAACAUGACACAGACCGAGAGCGCGAGCGCCAGACGCACGGAACAUCGAGAACGGCGGCGUUUGUCCUCGUGCUUUUGACACGCAUCAGAAUCUCCGCCGGAGCUCACGGGUCCUCGAUGCCUCUCUGCGCCAGCGCUCGUGGAUUAUUACUCAUUUCUGUGAUGCUUUCACGGACUGUCAUCUGAGAGACGCCCGCAGCACUUCACGAUUCCGAGCCGCAGCGUCUCAUCGAUGGUGAUCGAGCCGCGUUCACGUUUGUUCAUGAUUUCGCCGUGAUUAUAUAUAAACGUACGAUCGUGUUGUUUUUAAACGUAGUGGACUUAACGACAUGAAACAACAGGACUGUUAAUGGUUGGAAUACAAAUCCUUUUUUCUAUUUGCUUUUGAACCACAGAUCAGCUGCGCGUGUCCAGUGCUUUCAGGAUCCGGCGAGUAAAUGAAGGAGGUGUGUCGCAUCUGCGCGCGCGAGCUGUGCGGGAACCAGCGGCGAUGGAUCUUUCAUCCGGCCGCCAAACUCAACCUGCAGGUGCUCCUGUCUCACGCGCUGCGCCGCGACCUGCAGCGGGACGGACGCUGCGAAUUCGCCUGCAGCAAGUGCACGUUCAUGCUGGACCGCAUGUACCGCUUCGACACGGUGAUCGCCCGCGUGGAGGCGCUGUCCAUCGAGCGGCUGCACAGACUCCUGCAGGAGAAAGAGCGUCUGCGCCAGUGCAUCAGUGCCCUUUAUAAUAAAAACAAUGGGCCGGAGACAUCGGGCCCGACGGACACGUGCGUGGUCGACGUGUCCGGCCUCCACGACGCCAAGUACUGCGCCCUGCUGCAGGAGGACCUGACGUACUCCAUGUACGAGUCGUGGGCGGAAGACGAGGAGCAGGUGCUGGAGUGCACCCACAAUCCCCCGUGCCACCCGUCAGAGGGUUCCUCGUGCUGUCAUCGCUCGCGGAGGUGCGGGGUCUGCAGGGCGUUGCGCGUGCCCGACUCUGACUACGAGGCCGUGUGUAAGGUGCCCAGGAAGGUGGCGAGGAGCGUUUCCUGCGGCCCGUCGACGCGUUACUCGGAAGCCGGAAGCGCGUGCGGAGAGGAACGGACUUCCAACACGCUGGUGCCGGACACGCAGCGGACGCCGUCGAGUUUGUCGGGCGGUGAGCGCACGCUCCGAGACCGCGAGAGCUCCGGCGGCUCGCUGGAGUCGCUGGAUAAGAGUCGGCGUGACGAUCGACGCUGCGACGCCGACUGUGAGGAGCAUCUCUGUGCACCUGAUGUUUCUCCAGCGAGACUCGCGCUGGCUUUUUCGCUGCUUCAGGACUGUGUGUAUAGGCCCGUCCAGAGUCCGCAGGGCAGCAAACUUCCUGUUUUGAUGAAUCCUAGGUUUUUUAAUGGAGGAGCUAAACCGGACAGUCCAGAGCAGGAGAACCUGUUCGACGGAGCGAUCCGCAUUCUGGUGGAGCCGGAGCCGCCUAGAAUCCAGCUGGAUCCGGCCCUGGAACUGGCCCGCCUGGAAGAGCUGUGGCAGCAGGUGCAUGACGAGUACCUGCCCUUCCGGCUCAGGAGGGUCCCAAAGAGUCUGAUAGAAGAGCAGCAGUCGCAGCUGCAUCAGUACGAACACGCCGCCGGACAGUGCGUCAAUGAACUGCAGCAAGCGCAGCUACAGGUCGAGUCUUUGCAGAACAAGAUCCAUGAGAGCGAGACCAGCAACAAGAAGCUGCAGGAGAAACUUUGUGAGAUGGAGUCGGAGCUCGAGUCCAUCAGACAAGCUGCUCAGAACCAAGAGAGAACCAUCCAGAACCUCACCGACAGCCUGAGAACUAAAGACACAGAGACUCAAGAGCUGUAUCAUGUGAUUGAGGGCCAGAACAACACGCUGCGUAAAAUCACAGAGACCCACCAGCAGCAGCUGCAACACACACAGGCUCCAGAGGGCGCCGUGGACUCUGGUUCGGUUCUGGGCUUCCAGAGUUCUCUGUUCUCGUGUCAGCUGGAGUUGGAGGCGAGUCAGCGCGCUCACAGAUCGACUCAGAGAUGUCUGGAGGAUCUGACGCGCUCACGAGACCGCCUGCAGAACGACCUACAGGAGGCGCUGCAGCACAGAGACGUCACUCACAAACACAACGAGGAGCUGCGUGAGACGAUUGAGCAGCUGCGGUCUGAGCUGCAGGUCAAAGUGUGCGAUCUGAGAGAUCGUGAAUCCGCGACGCGCUCGGAAAUCACAGACCGAGACAAAACCAUCGCGCAGCUACAGCAGAGCUUGUGCCGCAAAGACGCGCUGCUGCAGGAGUAUUCAGAGCUGCUGAGUGACUCGUCCGACUCCAGCGGCCGCGUGGAGAGAGACGCGCUGCUGCACACGCUGAGGAGUCGCAUUAGAGACAGAGACGCUGCGCUGGAGCGUUCAAUCGAUGAGAAGUUCCGCUGUCUGGAGGAGAAGGACGGUGAAGUGCGUCGACUGCAGCUGGUGCUCCGUGAAAAAGACAGAGACCUGGAGAGACUCCGCUGCGUCCUCAACAACAACAACGACACCAUCACGGGUUUGGAUGCUCUGGUGCGCAGUAAGGAUCUGGAUUUGGAGAGGACACAGGAAAUGUGCCGGAAACUCGAGUGGAUGAAACAGCAGAGCGAUGAGAAACACACACUCGCUGUACGGGAGAGAGACGGCAUCAUUCAGCAGCUGCAGACGGCGCUACGCUCACACAGCAGAGAGAGUGAGGAGCUCAGGUCAGUGAUGCUGGGCAAAGUUUCUGCCGCUGACGUGCUCCAAGAGCUCCAGUCUCAUCUGUCGAUGAAGGAGCGUCUGUUUCAGGAAGCGAUGUCAGACCGCAGCCGGCAGGCGCAGGAACACCACAGACAGCUGACGGAGCUGCUUGACACCAUCGGCACCAGAGAUCAGGACAUGAAGGAUUACGGCGAGAGGUUGGGACGGGUGAUUUCUGAGCGAUCGGGUCAGUUGCAGGAGUUGCGCCGGCAGCUGUCAACGCGAGAACAGGAGCUGAAUGACGUGAACAGGGAGCGAGAGAGAGACGUUUCUGCGUCCAGAGAGCUGCAGAGACUUCAGGACGUUCUCAAGGAGAAAGAUGCUUUCAUACAGGAGUUACUGCAGGGUCCGAGCGAGAUGUUGAGCUCCACACCAGCAGCAACACAGGGUGAUACGGAUAUACAAGCCAUCAGAGAUGAGCUACAGCUAACCCUCAGGAAACACAGAGAGACUGAGCGGGAGCUGUCAGAGUUGCGCUCUGUUCUGGCCGCAGGGCGUCACGACACAUCGAGCUCCGAUCAGCAGUGUGUCCUGCAGCAGCUCGUGUCAGAACAGCAGGCGCUGAAUGUAGCUCUGAGAGCUGAAAAGGAGGUUUAUCAGAAGCUCAGACGCAUCCAGAGUCGGGACGACAGUGCUGAGAAGACAAAAGCGUUACACGGCGAACUGGACUCGCUUCGAGCGCUCCGUGAACAGCUGGAAGAGACCCUGACGAGGACCCGCGAGACGGCGCUGGCGGUGGACCGGGCCACGCUGGUCCAGGCCGACUAUGGAGAAUCCAGCAGCGAUGAAGAUGAAGACGAUCGUGACAGCAGCAGCAGUGAAGAGUUCACCGACAGCAUAGAGGACGAUGACGUCAAACUGACAGCUCAGAGUCUGACGAGCGCGCAGAGAUCUGAGGAGUUCGGCAGAGCGGGGAACUGGGCGGUGAUGUCCCACAAUGCAUCAGAGGGCAGAAGAUGUGCCGAGACAGAGCAGAGAAAUCGAGACGAAAGCGAGACGGGUGAGGUGACGGGCUGCUCCUCGCUUGCUCGCUCCAGGAGUCCGAAUGACAAGGAGCCUGGGUUAGGAGCGGACGAUGAGGAAUCUGUCAGGUGUCGAGGGUUGGAGAAGCGUGAAACAGGCCGGCCAAACUCCCACGAGCCGCAGAGCGUUUACCGUACGUUCCGAGAGGAGGAGGAGGAGGAGGAGGAAGAAGAAUAUGAGGAUGAAGAUGGAGAAGAAGGGGAAGAUGUCAGGGCUCUUCACGGCAAGCGCGGGCCCCCGAGUGUGAAGCUGCGGGAGGGGAGGUGGAAGAGGAGGUGCACCAGACCACAUUCUCUGGACCUCGGUGCUCUGCUGUCUCACAAAACUGCAGCCCAUCACAAAGUUCAGGAUGUAGAAAUGGAGCGGGAGGUUGAGGGCGACAGCGGCGGUUCGAGUGCAGGAGGCGGCGGAGUCGUCGGGUUCUGGCAGCACGUGGAGGCGGGGCUUAGGGAGCAGGCGGAGCGUCUCCGAAGCGACCUUGCCGUGAGUCGUCAGGAGAGCCGCGAGCUGCAGGAGAGACUGAUGGUGUCUGAGGCGACAGUGCAAGCGCAGGCCGAACAGCUGAAGGACUACAGAGAGCUUCUGACCGAGAGCGCCGUCCAGCGGGACAGUAAACAGGUGCAGGUGGACCUUCAGGAUCUGGGUUAUGAGACGAGCGGCCGCAGUGAGAAUGAAGCGGAGAGAGACGACGCCAGCAGCCCCGAGUUCGAUGAGCUGGAGACGUGCGUCUCUCUCUCGGUUUCGGGGGGCAGACGCGGCGGUUGGCACGGCGACGGCGACGGCACGCAGAUGGACGACCCGUCCUCGAUGAAGCGUUUGGUGCAGGACCUGCGCGCGCAGCUCUCUCGCUGCCACAAAGUCAUCCGUGGCCUGCAGCUGCGAGUCCGUUCCCUCUCUGCGACCUCCGACUACGCCUCCAGCCUGGAGCGCACGCCACGCAAGGUGAACUGGGCGUUUCAGGUGACCGCGGCUCACAGCGGUCUGGAUGAGGACGAGGGCUGGCAGUCGGACGGGCCGCUGAGACCUAGCCGCGAGCUGCAGGAGCUGGUGACCCGCGUGGCGCUGCUGGAGACCCAGAUCAGGAGCUCCACGCUGGAGGGGAAGAGCGGCCCGGAGGACGGGAAAUGUGCCACCUGGCCCGGGAAGUACAACACACUGAUCCAGGCACAGGCACGUGAGUUGUCACACCUGCGGCAGAAGAUGCGAGAAGGACGGGGGAUCUGCCACAUCCUCACGCAGCACUUGAGCGACACGACCAAAGCCUUCGAGGAGCUGCUGCGCGCCAAUGACAUCGAUUACUACAUGGGCCAAAGCUUCCGAGAGCAGCUUUCCCAGAGUUCUUCACUCGCUCAGAGAGUUAGCACCAAGAUCAGUGGACGUGAUCGAUCAGAGCAGCAAGAUGAUAAAACGGGUCACGAGCUGCUUGCGCUGAGGUUGAGUAAAGAGCUUCAGCACAAAGAUCAAAUCAUCGAGUCUCUCCACACGCAGUUACAGCAGCGUCCAGACACGCCCUGCAGCAGCCACGCCCCCUCCGAGACAACAGACCAAUCAGAUUGCACCUCGUUUGUGUCCGACGAGAGAGGCUCCACCAAUGAGGAUGUGGAUCUGUGCUCAGAUAUGGACGCCGCCAGUGAGUUUGCACAGGAGGAGCCCGGAUCCAAAGACAGAGGUGUGUUCACAGGACUCUUGUCCAGCUCACAGCCUCUGAUCGAAACCCAGAUCUGGUCUGCUCACUCUGACCCCAUGACCUUUGCCCCCCUGACCUGCCCUGACCCUGAGCACAGGAUCCUGACUGUCCCAGCGCAGCGGAGGCCUCCCGUGAGAACUUUCAGCGCACCUCACUCGCUCUCCAGCUAUCAGCUGACCGCACACACGCCCCAUUCCCUCGAUUACACGCCUGCAUCCCGUCAUGCACUGGGAAACGGUGGAGGACCAUCUGUGCAGACAGAUGCAUUGUGGGAGAAUAUGAUUCAGCCAACUAGAGGUUUUGAUGGAUCAUCUUAUUAUCAGUCUGGCAACAGCCAAUCAGGUGUAGACGUGAUCGAGGAGCAUCUGAGAGAAAUCCGAUCUCUGCGCCAGCGACUGGAAGAUUCCAUCAGAACCAACGAGAGAUUGAGACAGCAGUUAGAGGGACGUCUGGCCACAGCGGCGAGAGACACAGUGGCUCCAACCAACAUCUUCAUCCAGAGUCAUGAUGCGGUCAGUCAACUGACUAAUGAAGUCAGAGCGUUAAAGGAGGAAAAUCUGGCACUACAGUCAAGGUUACAAGCCAGCAGAGACAGCAGUGAAGAGGCGGAGCAGCUCCGGGAGGCGGUGCUUUCUGGGCGUGUCCGUCUGCAGCAGGCGGAGUUAGAGGCGGAGCAAUGGAAGGAGGAGUUGAGGAGGCUGCAGACACACAACUGCGAACAAAGUCAACAAAUCCAACAACUGCGACAGGACAGACAAAACAGUCAGGAGCACAACAACAGACUGCAGCACGAGGUGACUUUACUCCAGCAGCAGUUAGCAGAGAGCAGACAGCUGCUACACUCCCUACAGAGUGAACUACGGCUGUACGACCGCGUGUGUGGUGUCAGAAAGAGCGCCGCUGCAGGGUUUGUGUGUGACGUGCGCUGCCCGACAGUGGAGCUCGGGGAGCUGCUGAUCGAAGUUCGGGCUCUAAGGGCCCAGCUGGAGCGCAGUGUACAGGAGAACAGUGCUCUACGAGCGCAACUGCAGAAACAGCUGGAUCAUUCCAUCGAUCAGCGCCCGUCGCCCAUCAUUCCGGCCAGUCCGCUGCGGGACGUCCUUUACCGCCGACAGCUUCUCCACGACCCGUCUCCUUCUCCUCCUGUCAGAGACGUGGGUCCGUUUCCCGCCGGGCCUCUGUACUCGCCGUACUCGGAGAUGGAGGAGAGCGCUGUGAACACUAACGACUCACUGGAGCCUCAUGCAGAUCUGGAAGGAGAAGCUCCGGACGGCUCUUUCGCCAACCGUAACGGGCGGCACGCCAUCGGUCACGUGGACGACUACAGCGCGCUGCAGCAGCAGGUGUUGGAGGGCCGGGUGCUGGUGCAGCGGAUGGAGGCGGCGCUGCAGUCGAGUCUCAGCUCUGCCCUGAUGGAGAUCAGCGGAGGGAAGGCUCUGGACUACAACACAGUGAACACGCUGCUCUCCGACACCAAAACCCUGUGUCAGAUUCUGGACGAGGCCGUCUCUCUGCUCAAGAUGUUCUGGCGGGCGGCACUGCCGAGCAGCGACGGUCCCGCUCAUCUCAUUCAGAGGGAGCAGUCCAUGCGUGAGGAGAUCCAGCAGCUGCGUUUGCGGAUCGCCGAACAGGAGGAAGUUCUGCAGGGAACCAUCCAGCGUUUGCGCUGCAGCAACCGAACCAAAGAAAGCAUGGAGACCUUCAUCGUCAAUCAGCUUUCCCGGACGCGGGAUGUGCUGAAAAAAGCACGAGCGAAUCUAGAGAAGAAUGAGCUCAGGAUUUCCUCUCUAAGCUCCUCCUCUUCCUCUCUUUGCCAUGGUAAAGUCUUCACAGGCGCAUCCGCAGGUUCUCCUGCUUGGGGUCGCGUGACCCCUGCGGUUUCUGCGAUCGCCGUGGAAACAGCCAAUCUGCAGCAACCUGCCAAGAAGCGUGUCAGGGAGUGACUUCAGCUUUCUGCCUCCCUUUUAACCAGCCGACACAACCGGUCAACACCUCUAAGUCACCCGCCUUACCCUCUUCUGUCACAACCACUUCUGUGUGAUUUUACCUCUUUCCUUUAACAGUGGGCCAUUAAAAUCCAGAUGCCUAUUGAUUCACGGUUUGAGAAGACAGUAUUUAUCUUUUGCCACGAGACAGAGAGGAAACCCAUUCUUUACUUUCUGAGAUAUUAACAGACUGCCACAGAAUUCCCUUGAGCAUCUCAGGGUUUUUUGGCAAAAAAAAACAGGUAAUGAUCACAGAGCCUGCCAGCAUGCGAGCCGUUCUGAGCGCUGACCGCUGCCAACGAAGCGCCGUGAGACGAAACGGCAAAUAAAGCAUGUGAAAUACGUUCAUGUGCUUUCAUUGAAUGUCACGCUCGACAUUGUGCCACUGUUAGGGUUAGUAUGAUUAUUGAUAUUGUCAUCAUUGUCCAGUGCUACUGAUUGAAAUGGAAUGUUGUGUUUAGUAUUUGCAUGAUGGAGGUCCAUAAAAUGAAAGUACACUUGUUUUUUGUGAGGUGAGGUUCACCAAACAUGCCAAAGUUUGCACGGUUAAUUUCCCUCAUUUCUGCUGUUGAUAUUGACCUCUGUAUGUAAACUGAUCUCAAGUAACCCAUGUUUACUAGCACUAUUGUAACAGCCUUGUGAGAAUUGUGUAGGAGUGCUUUGGGUGUCUUGGCAGCCGCUUACGCCAGAGCUAUACAAACUUUGUUCGCAAGCAAAUAAGUUGAGGACACAAUUUAGAAAGUUUCUGAUUUUCUGUAUUUGCAAAAAUUGAAGCUGACACUGAUUUGAGCAGUUUUUCCUGCAGUGACGGUGUUGAAGAUUUCUGAACUAGAGAUUGCAAACUUUGGCAGGGGAUUGGUGGGACCAGAGCUGCUGAUGUCACGAUCACGUAGCCAAUCACAAUCAGAGAUGUUUCUUAGAUUUGUGCUGUAUAUUUUCUUUCCGAACUGUACAUAUAGGCCUUCCUGUUGUUUUAAUUUAGCGGUGUGGGUCAAUCUAGUCGAUAUUCGCUAUAGAAUAUGCAAAUUUUUAAAACGUGGGUAGCUGUGCAAUAGCCAUUUGAUCAUGAUGUGAAACAUCAUAUAGAUGCAUUUACUGUGUACAUUACACCGUAGAAGUUGCCUAAAUUAUUGCAGAGUUGCCUUGCCUCAAAUCUCUUGCAUAGGAUGAAAACAUAAGCUUGUAAGUGAAUGCUGCUUUGCCUUUUAACAGCCAUGUAAGUGAAUGCUCUUCAGAGAGAAAUGCAAUAUCAAUCUUUAAAUGGCCUUGUGAGCGCUCCA